AAAUUCAUGAAAAAAUAAAANAAGAAAAAAAUCCGUCACAAGACAUAUAGACUCAGAUUGGACCCUUUCUCUUUCUCAUACACUACUUACAUUACAUGUAAAAUAAAAACCUGUUGUUUCCUAAAUCCUAAUAUGUCUUGUUGUGAGGGUUUGAGUAGCAAACUCCAUUCUGUACUUUCUCAUUUUAUUGGCCUCUAAAAUCUCUAUUUUUGAUUUUUCACAAAGUACAGAGAGACACAAUCAUGAGAUACAUUAGGACAGCCAGCUUCAAGAGGCUGUUUUCCCUAAAACGACAUAGUUUUGAUGAAGAUCUGCAUAAAGAUAUUGAGUACAGUAGCAGCAGUGAAGAGAUUAAGCCAAAUGGGCAGUUUCAGAAGCCCACCUGGAAAUGCUUUUCCUAUGAAGAAAUAUUUUCUGCCACCAAUGGGUUUUCCUCAGACAACAUGGUUGGGAAAGGGGGUUAUGCAGAAGUUUACAGAGGGGUUCUUGAAGAUGGGCAAGCAAUCGCUGUCAAAAGGCUGACAAAAACUGCAAAUGAUGAGAGGAAGGAGAAGGAGUUUUUGACAGAAAUUGGGACACUUGGGCAUGUUUCACAUCCAAAUGUUACUUCACUUCUUGGGUGUUGUAUUGAUAAUGGGCUUUAUCUAAUUUUCCAGUUUUCAUCAAGAGGCUCUGUUGCUUCACUUCUCCAUGAUGAGAAAAUGCCUCCUAUGGACUGGAAGACAAGAUUCAAAAUUGCACUUGGGGCUGCUAAGGGCCUACAUUAUUUGCACAAAACAUGUCCAAGAAGAAUAAUUCAUAGGGACAUUAAGGCUUCCAACAUUUUAUUAGCUGCAGAUUUUGAACCACAGAUAUCUGACUUUGGUUUGGCAAAAUGGCUUCCUUCACAGUGGAGCCAUCAUUCAAUAGCUCCUAUAGAAGGAACAUUUGGCCACCUGGCGCCCGAGUACUUUAUGCACGGGGUCGUCGAUGAGAAAACGGACGUGUUUGCGUUCGGAGUAUUUUUACUCGAGAUCCUUUCCGGAAAGAAACCUGUGGAUGGUUCUCAUCAGAGCUUGCAUAAAUGGGCUAAGCCUAUACUGGAAAAAGGGGAUGCAAAGCAGGUGAUCGAUCCCCAACUUGGAGAGGAUUAUGAUUCUAACGAGCUCGAUAGGCUCGCGUUCGUGGCUUCACUAUGCAUUCGAGCUUCUCCGAUUUGGCGCCCUACAAUGAGUGAGGUUUUGGAGGUAAUCAAAGGGGAAGAGGAAAUAGACAGAGUAAAAUGGAAGAUGCCAGAAGAAGAAGAAGAUGAAGAUAAUUUUUGGGGUUUUGAGGAUCUUGAAUAUGAUACUUGUUCUUUCUCAAAUUCUCCAAAUGGCUCCAUUUCAACUGGGACUAGUUCUUAUAACCAGAACAUCAACUCAACCCUGGUAGUAAAUUGAUAUAGAUCACAUGUAAAUAAAAUUAAUUAAUAGUUUAAGGAUAAGAAUAUUAAAUUUCUUUUCCCACAAGUUGGAUCUAGUAAUGUAGCUACCUUGGUUAUAAAAGCCUUCUCUGCAAAUUUUGGUAUAUAUUUUAUGGUUAAUGUUAGUAGUUGUAAAUGACUUAUUUUUUUUUUUU